AUGCUGCGAGUCCUCCGCCGCACAAACACUCUAUACGCUAUAUUUACCCACAGCCCAGGCACUGACACCGCUCCCUCAGCCUUCCACUUAUCGGGUAUUUCAGUCAUGUUCCUGCCCACCUCCACCGAAGACGUGAUUCUUAGCGAGGGGGUCGGUCGUUACUGCCGUGAGCGAGUUUUCCGCGUGGUGACAAAGGCCAGCGCAAAUGGGAUUAGCUCGCUCCGUUUGUCAUACCUGGACACACCUCAGCACCUGGCACCGGCUCAGACAGGAAGCACGGCGGCUCAGACCUGUAAUUACCUGCCAUUUCACUGCCCUCCUCUGCUCUACGUGCCUAUUACCUCGGCCUCUCCCAGCGGCUGA